AUGAGUCGAUAUCAUUCACUGCUGCCCACUCCACCUUAUUCUGAAGAGUUCAGAGAGAGAACAGAAUCAUUCAAAGCAUCUCCUCAAAAACAUCUUCAACAACAACAGUAUCAAAAACAACGAAAUUAUUAUUACUCUGAAUUAAAUUCGAGUUCGGAAGAUCAGAAUCAUGAUGACGAAGAAUUGAGUAAAUUGGACAUUUCAUCGAUUGUGGAUGAAUCAUCUUUCAAUUAUUCAUCAAACUUUGGCGAGUAUUCGGUUGGAAACAGGAGCCCAAUUCAAAGAACGGAAUCUCUUCCUUCUCUUUCUCCAACCAAAAAUUCAUCAAGAAUGUUUCAAAAAGCGUUCCAGAGCCGAUCAUCUGCUGAAGAUUCGGAAAACUCAUGCCAGAUAUGUGGAACAAUAUUCACAAAUUAUUCAUACUUUUUAGAGCAUAUGUAUGGCGGAGGAAAAUGUAGCGAGCUGUUUGAAGAAGUACAACACGAUUCAUCAAAACAUCAUGUAUUAUUUACAUCACAUUAUAGAAACAGCGAUGAUAUUACACAACGAGUUAAGGUCGAUCACUUGGCAUUUGUCAGUAGCUUAAAAGACCAAUUCUCUUUUCAUGGCAAAAACGCAUGCACGUCCGUAGCUUGCGAAUUUGCAGUUCAAAUGUUGCAUGGCGUUGUUGACACUGAAAACCCAAGAGCAUGGAACGCCUCCGCAAUUGACAGAAUUGUUGAAAGUGGAUGUCAGCAAGACCCUAAACUAGGCAAUUUAUCCUUUGAAGAGGUCUAUAGUAUGAAUGACAGAGUGAACUCCAAUCUUGAACUAGUUCACGAGGUUCAAAAUUCUGUGAAAGGUUCCUCUUUUAAGUCAACACUUGAAACAAUCGAGAAUUGUUCACACCAUCUUCAAAAACCUGUUUGUGCCAUUUUUACAAAACAGCCUGAAACAAUACUUGUAUAUUUCAACAUGAACGCUGGAAUGUUCAUAUUGGCAGAUUCACAUCCCAGAGAAACAGAUGGGGUGUCUCAUGGUGCUAGCAUAUGCUUUACUAAGAGUUUAAGAUCCAUGACAACAGUGCUUAAACAUUGGUUGUUUCCUUUCAUGAAUUUCGAUGAACGAGGAACGGAGAAAGGACUGAGCGAAAUGUACAACACUUUUUCAUGUACGAUCGUAAAACUGAGGCCAUGUACAACGUACUCUCCAUCGUACUCUCUGAUCUCAAAACACAACAUCUCUGAUUCUCCCAUAGCGAAACAGUCACCCAUAAGAUCAUCACCUCAACGAAGUAACAAUACAGGUCCUCUUCACAAAGAGAAUGAGCACCGAGAUGUUAUGGGAGAUAUGGCAGCCCUUAAAUCAGAAAAUGAAAAGCUUCUCAAACAAGUACAAAUUCAUGAAGAGAAAAUACUGAAAUUGAAAGAAAAGCUUGCUCGAAUUACAGAACAAGAAGAGAAUUUCAAAACGAAAAACAAGGAGUUUGAACAACUUUCCAAAGCAUUCAUGAGCAUUGAGGAAAUUAUGUCGAAGGUGUCUCCCUUUUUGAAGAAUAAUGCUUCUCUGUAG